AUGCAAAUUUUUGUGAAAACAUUAACUGGAAAAACAAUCACUCUUGAUGUAGAACCAUCUGAUACUAUUGAAAAUGUUAAGGCAAAAAUUCAAGAUAAGGAAGGAAUUCCACCUGAUCAACAAAGAUUAAUUUUUGCAGGAAAACAAUUAGAAGACGGAAGAACUUUAUCCGAUUAUAAUAUUCAAAAAGAAUCUACCUUACAUUUAGUUUUAAGAUUAAGAGGUGGUUUUUGA